AUGGGCUUCGUUAUCCGAAUUCUUCAAGGUUUCAUGCUUGGUACUAUGUCAUCUAUUAGCCCUCUUUUAUUACUUGAAGUUGCUCCAAUUGAACAAACUGGUUUAUAUGGAAUUUUCAAUCAAAUUUGUAUUGUGAUUGGAAAUAUUGUCAACUUCAUAAUUGGUGAAUAUCAAAAGCCAUAUGUAAUGUGCAUUUUCUCAGCUGUAGUUCAUGCAUUGCAGCUUUGUUUAAUUUGGUUAAUUCUUGCUUAUACUUUCAAAGAACAUAAAAAUGAUCAAGAUGAUCAACCAAAGGAAUCAAUAUUCCAGAAGCAAUAUAUAUGA